AUGUUGAGAAUAGAAGAGAAGACGAUGGGCAAAGAGGUCAGAGGGAAGCUGUGUUCGGUGCAGAAAAAUCGAAGAAUUACGCGUGACGGUGGAGUUUCAUUCAUGCUUUUGCACGAGCGACAACAGCGACACGCCCUGGCCAAUAGACUAGUAUAUCCUUCCGGAAAACGUCAUUCAGGCACCGGUACUGGUGAAUCAGGGAAAUCAACAUUCAUAAAACAAAUGAGAAUUAUUCACGGUUCUGGUUAUUCGGACGAAGACAAAAGAGGCUUUAUCAAGCUUGUAUACCAAAAUAUAUUUAUGGCAAUGCAGUCAAUGAUAAGGGCGAUGGAUCUCCUUAAAAUUUCAUACGGUGAUAGCUCAAGUCAAGAAAAAGCAGAAUUAGUCAGGAGCGUAGAUUUUGAAACUGUGACGACAUUUGAAAGUCCGUAUGUAGAGGCUAUUAAGGAUCUGUGGGCAGAUUCUGGUAUUCAGGAAUGUUAUGAUCGACGACGAGAGUACCAACUUACGGAUUCUGCCAAAUACUACCUUAUGGAAAUAGACCGAGUGGCGGCACCAAAUUAUCUUCCAACAGAGCAGGACAUUCUGCGUGUGAGAGUGCCUACUACGGGCAUAAUUGAAUAUCCCUUUGACUUGGAAGAAAUUCGAUUUAGCUAUCUUUCUGACUUAGACAAUAUUAGUAAACCGGAAUAUCUUCCUUCCGAACAAGACAUUCUUCGAGCGAGAGCUCCUACAACUGGUAUUAUUGAAUAUCCUUUUGAUUUGGACAGCAUCAUAUUUAGGAUGGUAGACGUCGGUGGCCAGAGAUCGGAAAGAAGAAAAUGGAUUCAUUGUUUUGAAAACGUCACUUCAAUCAUAUUUUUAGUAGCUUUAAGUGAAUAUGAUCAAAUUUUGUUUGAAUCUGAGAAUGAGAAUCGAAUGGAAGAAAGUAAGGCGUUAUUUAAAACAAUUAUUACAUAUCCCUGGUUUCAACAUUCUUCAGUAAUUUUGUUUUUAAAUAAGAAGGAUCUGCUUGAAGAAAAAAUAAUGUACUCCCAUCUUGUCGAUUAUUUUCCCGAAUACGAUGGCCCACAAAGAGAAGCCAUUGCUGCUAGAGAAUUCAUUUUAAGGAUGUUUGUCGAUUUAAAUCCCGAUAGUGAAAAAAUUAUUUAUUCUCAUUUCACAUGCGCCACAGAUACCGAAAACAUAAGAUUUGUGUUCGCAGCUGUGAAAGAUACAAUUCUUCAAUUCAAUUUAAAGGAGUAUAAUUUGGUGUAG